AAAUGCUUUUUUCUGCCCUUUAUAUAAACCAAUGUCAAGCAAACAACAAUUGCGUUAAACGCAUAUAUUAUGGAUUGUGCCAGUGUUUACACCGUUAUUACAGCAGAAAAAAGUGCAAAUACAAACAAAAAUUUUGCAGAUAAAAAAUUAUUUUCGUAAUUAGCAACGUGUAUAACUUUUAGCCACCAUUAAUAUUUGAUAAAAAUAAGAUGGAAUAACUUUCAAACAACAAAAAUGUUUGAAGAACAAAAAACUUUGAAUAAUAAAGGGAACGAAGAAACUGAAGAAUAUUUACCGUCAUCUAUCACAACAUAUGUUAAAGAUAAUCAUAUUGCGUCGGACGCAAUUCCAAUCGCAACAGAGAACGGUUUUGACUUAUGUGCAGAAUGGCUUAACAAAAGUGACGACCAUUUAUUAAGCGAUGGAGAAAACAAAACUUUAAAAAACAAAGGGAACGAGAAACCAUCUACAACAAAAAAUGUUAAUGUAUUAAGUAAAAGCGCACGAAAGAGACAAGCAUAUUAUGAAAAAAAUGCAAUUAGAACAGCUUCAAAAAUAAAGAAUGAGACAACUAAGAAACCCUUACCGGCAUCUAUCAAAGGAAGUGUUAAGGAUAAUUUGAAUUCAAAGAGGAAGAAGAAAAAGGGGAAAGGAAAAAUCACAACCGAAAGUGUCUCUGACUUAAAGUCAGAUGGCUUCAGAGAAAAGGAUGGUGGAAAAAAAGAAGAGAAUAAGGAAGCUGAAGAAUAUCUAGCGGCGUCUACCGCUAUUGAUAUUAAUGAUCAUUCUGGUUCAGAUACAGAUUGGUAUAAUAAAGACGAUGACGAUUUAUUAAAGGACGUGCAGAAAACUUUAAAGAAAAAAGAUAUUGAACAAAAUGAAGAAUACAUACCACCUGUUGUAAAAGAUGAAUACAAAGUGGCUGCAGAUGUUGAUGUCGGACCAAGUAAAGUAAAAAUAUUUGUAUUGCGAAAAAUGAGCACCAUGAACGGUAUAGAUAUGUUUCUUUAUGCACGCACCAACGAUACAGUACCAAAUUUCUAUAAGGAUCAGAUUGCUCCGAAUGAUACUCAAGAAAGAGUGCUACUUUAUACAUACAUCUUGGCGGCUAUAUGUCAAAUGGCAUUGCCUGGUUUUCAAGAGGAGUUAUUAGAAAGUUUUAUGUCAAAUAAUAUUCUAAUGGAACACUUUCGUUUGUUGAUCAAGAAAUUGUUCAGCAAAUUUUAUAAAGAAUUAUGGUCUUCACAUACUAAAGAGAUGAAAGAAUUUUUAGAAAAUGUCCAAACACUCCUAAUGCAAUCUUUUAAAGCAGGCUUGCUGAACGCGGAGGGUGUUAACUUGGUAAAAGAUUUGUGCAAGAUAGUGGAAACGAGUGAUAAUCCGUCAAUAACUAGUAUGCAAAUUUCUAUAGACUUCAACAAGAACCUAACGUACAUUUUAAAUGAAAACGACGCUGCAAUAAUGGAUCAACCGAAAUGCGAGUUUUAUCCUACAUUGGAAGAACUCAUGGAGCCAUAUACGCCGAAGAAACCCUAUAGGGGAGAAUUCACAAAGUUCAAAGAUGUUCGCGAUUACAUUGAGAAACACAUGCAAUGGCUAAGAGAGAUGUUUAAAGAUCCUUUACAUAAAUAUGUUCAUCAGAUGAAAAAAGAUGGAAGCAAUCUAAAAAAAAAAAAGGGACCCCACCUUUACAAGGAAGUUUCAAUUAUUUUAAAUGAAAAAUAUUUCGAAGCUGAUCAUCAUGAAUUCGUGUUUGUGGAUGCAUUGGGCUCCGAGAGAUCAUGCAAUGAAUGCAAAGUACCGCGUAGUUUAUAUGACCAGUUAUCGCGUAUUAAAAUCGGCUCCCUAUUAUGUUUUAGCACAAAUACGGAAUUCGAUAAUCUUAUUAUGGCUACUGUUAUAUAUACACAUGAAGAUUGCUUAUGGAAUGGCUAUCUUGCCAUUGAAAUUGUAAAACAGUACAAUAUUGGUAAUAUUUUCCAAACAAAAUUGUUGAUGUUCGAAACGCCCGUCUUUUAUGAAGCUUAUAAAAACGCCUAUAGUUACCUAAAAAACAGUGACGAUCGAAAUUUUCCUUUUCAAAAGUAUAUAGUAUUUGGCGAGACUGAAUCGCAACCACCUGCUUAUCUAGAUGAGAAAAAGAUAUAUGAUUGUGAUGGCAUUGGUUUGCAACCUUUAGCAAAGCAAGUGCCAGAAAAAUUAUUUAAUUUGAAUGAAUCGCAAAGGAAAGCAUUUGUGACAGCCCUGGGCCGGGAGCUAACACUGAUACAAGGGCCUCCCGGAACUGGUAAAACUCAUCUCGCCAUUCACUUGGUGAAAACUCUUAUAAAAACUGCCCAUACACCGAUCAUUUUAUUAAAUUUUACUAAUCAAACGUUAGAUAAAUUUAUAAUGAAAUUAUCAGAGCAUACAGAUAGCAUAGUACGUUUUGGUAGUAAUUCUCGUAGCCCUGAAGUGGAGAAAUUUCUCGCACGCAAUGUUGAUUACGAAAAGAACAGUUAUCGCCUAAAUAAAUUAUGGUACAUACUUAAGGAAGAAUUUAGAAAGCAAUUUCAAAUAGUGAUAAUUAAGCAGUCAGAAUUUGAUGGUACGCAUGAUAACUAUGAAGACAUCAGAAAUGCCUAUAACCAGUUAACAAAAACGUAUGAGAAAAUUCAGACCUUACGAACUUUAUUUCAAUAUUAUGUUGCAAGAAAAAAGUUUAUCGUAGCGAUGACAACAACGUUUGCGGCAAGAAAUAAUUUUUUAUUUCACUUAUUAAGAAGUUCAAUCGUUAUAUUUGAAGAAGCUGCCGAAAUUUUAGAAUCCCAUGUUGUGUCUUCUUUAACACCGUACACCCAACAUGUGAUUAUGAUAGGCGAUCACCAACAAUUAAGACCCUACUGCAAAAAAUAUCCAUUAUGCCUAUCAUUAUUUGAAAGACUUUUUAUUUUGCAGAAGCAACCACUAGUUUUAACAACUCAAUAUCGUACGCGUAUCGAUAUAGCGAGUCUUUUAACACCGACAAUCUACAAAAAAUUAGAUAACGAUGAUAGCGUGUCUUUAUAUCCCUCCGUCAGAGGAAUGGCGCAGAAUGUUUACUUUAUGUCGCAUGCCCAUAAAGAAAAAAACACAGACGGAAAAGAAACCUCUAUGUAUAAUGUGUUUGAAAUUGAUGAAAUUAUCAAAUUAGCGCAAUAUCUUAUAAAAGUUGGUGAAUAUUCCGCAGAAAGUUUCGUCAUACUCAGUCCAUAUUCUAAUCAAAUAAAUCGCAUAAGAAACGAACUUCUUCGGGAUAAGAAUUUGAAGUUUGUGAAAGCUUGCACAAUAGACGCAUAUCAAGGCUUAGAAAGUGAUAUCGUCUUACUUUCGUUGGUGCGUGCUGGAAAAACAAUUGGUUUUCUUAAGGAUCCUCAUCGUAUUUGUGUCGCAUUAUCCAGAGCAAGAUAUGGUUUAUAUAUGAUCGGUAAUUUAACUCUAUUAAGCAAACGCAGUUCGUAUUGGUUACGAAUUCAGCGAUAUCUUUUAAAACAAAAUGCCGUGGGCGACAAGUUCCCUCUCAACGAUAAUUCUGUGGUUACUGUUCCGAAAUAGUUUGCUUAACGCCUCUCUGUAUACAAUUUUGUCUUCGACUGGUUCCUUCCUGCGCAUAAUUCUACGUGACUGUGAGUCACAUCGUGACAUAAUAAUAAAUAUAAAAAAUAUUGUUAAUAUAACGAACUAAUUGCAUUUGCAUCUCUGUAAUCUUGGAUUGGCAUUGCCAAUUUUUUUU